AUGGGUUAAUGUAAUUGUUUAUGCUCCACUUAAAAACAAAAAUAUUUAGAGGAGAGCGAAACUGCUCAAACUAAAUUUGCUCCUUAAAAAUAAUUAAGUACAAAUUAUGAAAAUAGCACUGACGAAGAUAUUAUUUAGUCAAAAACUGCCCAAACUAAGUUUGAAUAUUAACAUUACAAUAAUAGAAUUUUUGAAAAUAAUACAAAUGAAGAAAAUAUUUAGUCAAAAACUGAUCAAAAUAAAAUUGCUUCCUAAAAUUACUAAAGAAGAAUUGAUGAAAAUAAUACAGAUGAAGAUAAUAUUUAUUUAAAAAUUGAUCAAAUGAAAUUAGCUCCAUAACAAUACAAUAAUAGAAUUUUUGAAAAUAAUACAAAUGGAGGUAAUAUUUAGUCUCAUGAUGCUUAAUAGAAUCACAGUUCAGCGUUGUCUUUUGAUAACAGAUAUUAUAUAGAGUAGAAAAUAAAUAUUAUUAGUCAAAUUAUUUUAGCUCUUAAUUAAAUGACUUAAAUUUACUGUAUUUCAUCUGGAGAUGCUCUUUUUUUACUUAGAAGUGUCAAUUAUGAUUUCAAUUAUUGUCUUGAAUUUGAUCAAAUUCAAAAAUAUUAAAAUAAAAAUAAAAAACAUGCUUAGGCUUUAAGCUCAUAAACUAAUAAUUCCUGUUUGUUAUGCGAGUGUCUUCUCAAUAUUGAAAAUAGAUAUUCUCUUGAAUGUGAACACUACUUUUGUAGAAGUUGCUUUGAAGAAUACAUGAAAUCCAUAUUAAAUCUUGGUACAUUGAUUCUUUAAAAAACUUGUCCAAUGGAUGGAUGCUAAUAUAAAUUAGGAUGGAAAGAAAUUGAGGAAUUCCUUAUUGAACCAAAGCAGAUUGAAUAGGCAAAAAAUAUUUUAUUUAAUGACUAUUUGUAAAUUAGUUAAAAAGUGAAAAUAUGUCCUUUACAAAAUUGUCAAAAUAUUUUUAUUUUCCCUAAUAAACUAAAUUAAUAAAUUAACUUGAGAUGUGACUGCGAAAUGUAAUUUUCAUGUAGUUCUUGUUAGGGAUAGGCUCAUUUACCUUUAGAUUGUGAAUAGUAUAAAUAGUGGUAGAACUUAAUUUCAUCUGUAGACUUAAAAGUUUUAGAAAAUCUUAGAUACAUUAUGCAAAAUACAAAGGCUUGCCCGAAUUGUAAAGUAGCAGUGGAAAAAAAUGGUGGUUGCUAACAUAUGAAAUGCCCAAAUUGCUAGGCUCACUUUUGUUGGGCUUGUUUGCAGAUAACAACGAACUUUUCUCAUCCAUCUUUUUGUAAUAAUUAAGUGACUAAAUAGAAUGAUUGCAUUGAGAUAGUGGAGUAGCAAAGAAUAGAAAAUUACUAACAAAAUUUUCUAUAUUAUAAACAAAUGGCUGUUUUAAGUUAAUUAGAAUAUGUAACAAAUUAUACUCUUUUUGAAAAUUGCUUUGCUUAAUUUGAUGAAAAUGAGAAAAAUGUUUAAAUGAAUUUAAGAAAAUAUGCUUUAAAUAUUUUGUAUGAGGCAAAAUUUGUUUUAGCUUUUUCAUGGCCUGUUGGAUUCUUCAUAUAAGAUAAAGAAAAACUGAAUUUCUUAGAAUAUUUGCAAAAUAAUUUAGAUUUAUAUCUAAAUAAAUUUGAAUAUCAUUUGACUUAACAAUUUAAAGAAUAAUUUGAUGAAGAAAUGUUAAAUUAUUAUUUUAUAAAUCAGGAAUAAUAUAAUUAUUAAAGUUAUUUAUAUAAUUAUAUUGAACAAACUUAAUAAUUUAUAGAAGAAGUAAAAUAAUCUCUAAGGAAUUUAGUAACACAAGUUUAAUUUGAUUAUCCAAACCUAGAAAUAUUCAAUUAAUAUAAAUAUGAUUUACAAAAUUAAGAUUAAAUCAAUAAUUAUAUUCAAAGUCUAAAAAUAUGA